AUUCAUGGCCUUUUGGCGACCUCUCACUGGAAGGAUUGUGUAGAUAUUUUAAAAAUAAUACAAUUAUCAACAUCACCUUCUAUAGGAACAUAUUGUGCAGUUAUUAGUAAGGCUUUCGCGUCCGGUCAAGAGCAUCUAGGAUGGACAUACCUUGAGGAAAUGAUGGAAUCUAAUAAGCAGCCCACAUGUGAGGUUUAUAUAUCUUAUAUUGAUUAUGCCUCCAUGGACCCUCUGACAUUUGUUGAAAACAUGGAUAAAAUGUUCGAAUUUGUUGGUAAACAUGAAAUCCUAGUUAGUGAGGCUGUGAUAGAAAAAUUAAAGAGUUGCCUAGAAAGACUCGGACAUGGAAAUUACUUCGCCAACUUGAAUUCCAAUGGCAAAUGCUCAAAUUGCAAAUCUCACAUGAGAAACAUUUCAAUAAGUGACGAUGAGUUUAAAACUUUAAGUACAUCAUUUUGGGAAAGAGUUCUUAUACGAAAAGAUGUCUUCCAGAAAUCCACACCAAAAGAAGUUGAGGACUUCACUAAAUUCAUAGAAAAGACAGGUCCUUAUGACUGUGUUAUUGAUGGCCUGAAUGUCGCUUAUUCGUGUGGAGCUAAAAAGCCUCCGAAAGUGUAUGUCAACUUACUAUCUUUAGUAGUUAAAUACUUUAAGAGACAAGGAAAACAUGUUUUAGUGUUAGGAAGGAAGCACAUGAAUAACUGGCCUAAGGAGGGAAUGAGCUAUGUCAAGAGAAAUGCCUGCAUGUUUCUAACGAACGAUUUAUCUCAUGACGAUCCCUUUCUUUUGUAUGCCGCAAUCAAAAGUGGCCAAACAACGGACUUUUUUUCUAGGGAUUUGAUGAGAUCGCACGCCUUUCUAUUGGGUCCUGAAUUAAAACACAUUUUCAAACGAUGGCAACAAGAGCAUCAAUAUUCACUACUUACGGUCUCCGAAAAAGGAAUUGUUGUUAAGGAACCAACGCGCUACUUUAAAUUCGCUCAAAAAGUUAACAACACUUGGCAUUUACCGUACAAAGCUGUUUACUCACCAAAUCCUCCAGAACUUUUGGAGGUACCUGAGAAUUGGAUUUGUAUAAAAUGGAAUAAAUAAAUUGUUAUUAUAAUUAUUGUUUUA